GAUUCCAGAGCAAGAACGUUACUGGCUCUAUCUACAGCACCGUUAUCGGGGACUGAUGAUCACGGGCUGUGCCCAUGCAGGCUUCUUUUGCAAACUGAUCAUUAAUUUGAGGUGAUGGCUAAUCUUGGUUGUCUGCUGGGCAUUCCUGGGAGGUAUUAUCCUAAUCAAAUGAUCUGAAGCAGGAAGACCUACCCUCACCUGGGCCACACCUGGUGGUGGUGCUCAAAGAAGAGCCCAGAAGAGAGACACUUUGCUUUCUGUCUGAUUGCCCUCAUUCUCAGUUUGUUCAUCAUGGUGCUGUUGCCAGUAUUUAAAUCCAUCUUCUUCAGGAUUCCGACUGAAGACCAGCGGCUCAGCAGGAAUCCUCUCCAGUGUCUGACUGGACUGUGGAGAGAACUCAUGGAUAUCUCCUCAUGGACUGACAAAUUAUUGCAGCAGCAGCCACGCACAAUACAUCCCCGGACUGUAUCAUUUGAUGCCGCUGCUACUGAAGAUGAGGAGGUCGCAGUGGGCAUCAUUGGAUGUGGCCACCUUGGAAAGCAGCUGGCUAAUGUACUGCUGAAAGUCGUCCCUAUCCCUGCUGAGAACCUGCAGAUCUCCACUAGAAGGCCAGAGUCCCUGGUUGAGUUUCGGAAACUAGGGGUCCGGUGCGUCUACGACAACGCUGCUGUGGCGAGCUGGGCCAAAGUGUUGUUCCUCUGCUGUCUGCCAGCCCAGCUACCUAAUAUCUGCCUAGAAAUUCAAUCCAAACUCGAUAAGUCCUGCAUCGUGUACAGCUUAGUAUCCGCCAUUCCGCUACCCAGGUUGAAAAAUUUACUAAACCACACCAAUAUCUUGAGGCCCCAGUAUCAAUUUAUUGAGGAUUUUGACAACAUCUGGGGAGAGAAUGAGGAGGUCCCAUCUGCUCUCCAAGAUACAACGAUUAUCCGGGGUACCUGCCCCUACAGUACUCUUGGGGGAGUAAUCCUUAAUGUCAAGUGGCUGGAGGGGCUGUGCUAUGCCCUCAUCAACGUCUGUACAUCACGGAGCGUGUUUCACACACAGGCGCUGAAGCUGCUAAACAAACUGCUGCUCCCUGUGCACUUAGAAAGCUGCAAGGCAGACCCGGCAUCCUGCCCCAAAUUUCAGCUAACAGAUUUCAUGAACAAAAGCUAUGUCAGGAACUUGUAUCAAAAAAGGCCUUUCCCCUGGUUUGAUCUGAUCACUGUGCAACUCAAGGAAACCCCCUUUAGUCAGCACAUCUCAGCCACUCGUUCUCUUCAGGACCACAUUAGUCUUUUGUACUGUGAAUCUUUUGGCCUCACCAUAAGCGAAGACGAACUGCCUUAUGUUUCCAAAGUUCUCCAGCCCGUAGAGGAGAAGGAAUGACACAGAGCCAUGAGUUCUGGUUGAUGCCCGAGUGAAGAAUAAAGCACAAGGUCCUCCUCUCUA